CUUUCAUCCAGGCGAAAGUUCUCGCUUCACCCACACUGCUGGCCGUCUUAUGAUAGCCUUUACAUGUAAAGUUUGUUCACAUCGUUCAACAAAGACCAUGUCGAAACAAGCAUAUAAUCAUG